AUGGGCAGACUCAUCAAGAACCACUGGGGGAGGUUAAUCAUUCUCACCGCAGCUGCUUACCAGGUUGCUAGCGCUGUCGAGGGCUUUAUCUGGCCCAAAGUUUUCUUCGACUUUAUCUCCAGAAACCUCGAUGCGGCCGUCGCACCGAUACCCGUUCUUCAAAUCCUAAACCUCAUCAUGGGCCUCGUGGGCAUAGCCUGGGAAUGGCCUCUCAAGCCAUUUGCUGGCUCAAUACCCCACCGCAGCAUUGAAAUCCGACUCAUCAUAUACCCUCUUAGCGCCCUCCUCGCGGCGCUUCUCUAUCAAGGCACAGACCCUGCAAUAUAUUAUUUGAUUGGCAUUGGAGUCUAUUUCUGGGCCUACAGUGAAGGCGAGGUUGUUUGCCCAGAGCCUUGGACCUUGCCGAAACGGCAUGGACUACUUAAAGUAUAA